CUAAGCUGUCUCCUCUCUCUCUCUUUAUAUACUUCCUUCCUUCCUUUUCGCACUGUUAAGCAAUCCCAACUUCUCUCUCUAGAUUCUCGUCUCCUUCCUCUCUCUCUCCUAGGGUUUCCGUCUCCUUCACUGUCAAUAACCUAUCGGAGAGCUCCGGAACACAUUCCACCGCGACUUCGACAUGGCGGCCGAGAAGCUAAGAGACUUGAGCCAGCCGAUUGACGUCGGCGUGCUCGAUGCCACCGUCGCAGCCUUCUUCGUCACCGGAUCUAAGGAGGAGAGAGCUGCUGCGGAUCAGAUUCUGCGGGAUUUGCAAUCGAAUCCGGAUAUGUGGCUUCAGGUUGUUCACAUUCUACAGAACACAAAGAGCAUGGACACCAAGUUCUUUGCCCUUCAGGUUCUAGAAGGUGUUAUUAAGUAUAGAUGGAAUGCGCUGCCUGUUGAACAACGGGAUGGAAUGAAAAAUUACAUCUCGGAGGUCAUUGUACAGCUCUCGGGUAAUGAAGCGUCUUUCAGAUCGGAAAGGCUCUAUGUCAACAAACUAAACGUUAUCUUGGUUCAGAUAGUGAAGCAUGAUUGGCCGGCAAAGUGGACAAGCUUCAUUCCCGAUCUAGUUGCCGCUGCUAAAACUAGCGAAACCAUCUGCGAAAAUUGCAUGAUCAUUUUGAAACUCCUAAGCGAAGAGGUUUUUGAUUUCUCAAGAGGAGAAAUGACUCAGCAGAAGAUUAAAGAGCUGAAACAAUCUCUAAACAGCGAGUUUAAACUCAUUCACGAGUUAUGCCUAUAUGUCCUCUCAGCAUCUCAAAGACAGGAUCUUAUACGUUCAACACUGUCUGCGUUGCAUGCCUAUCUAUCUUGGAUUCCGUUGGGCUAUAUUUUUGAGUCUCCUUUGCUUGAGACCCUCCUUAGAUUCUUUCCUGUGCCAGCAUAUAGAAAUCUCACACUUCAAUGUCUAACUGAGGUUGCAGCUCUCAAUUUCGGAGACUUCUACAAUAUCCAAUAUGUCAAGAUGUACACCGUAUUCAUAGGGCAGCUGCAGACAAUUCUCCCACCGAGUACAAAUAUCCCAGAGGCAUAUUCAAACGGAAGUGAUGAAGAACAAGCAUUUAUCCAGAACCUGGCACUAUUUUUUACUUCGUUUUUCAAGUUUCAUAUACGAGUCCUGGAAUCAGCUCCAGAUAUUGUCGCCUUAUUACUUACGGGUCUCGAAUAUCUCAUCAAUAUAUCAUAUGUUGAUGACACUGAAGUUUUUAAGGUUUGUUUAGACUACUGGAACUCAUUGGUUCUGGAGCUGUUUGAUGCACAUCAUAAUUCGGAUAACCCUGCAGCAAAUGCAAAUCUGAUGGGAUUACAGAUGUCUUUCAUUCCUGGUAUGGUUGAUGGCCUUGGUUCGCAAGUCAUGCAGCGGCGUCAACUUUACUCGAACCCUAUGUCCAAGCUAAGAGGGUUAAUGAUUAGCCGUAUGGCGAAGCCUGAAGAAGUGCUUAUUGUUGAAGAUGAAAAUGGGAACAUCGUCCGUGAAACUAUGAAGGACAAUGAUGUUCUUGUUCAGUACAAGAUAAUGCGGGAGACAUUAAUCUACCUGUCACACCUUGAUCACGAUGACACUGAGAAGCAGAUGUUGAAGAAGCUAAACAAACAAUUAAGCGGGGAGGAAUGGGCAUGGAACAAUUUGAAUACAUUGUGCUGGGCUAUUGGGUCUAUUUCUGGAUCUAUGGCAGAAGAUCAGGAAAAUAGAUUUUUGGUGAUGGUUAUUCGUGAUUUGUUGAAUUUAUGUGAGAUUACCAAGGGAAAAGACAAUAAAGCUGUCAUUGCUAGCAACAUUAUGUAUGUCGUUGGCCAGUAUCCGAGGUUCUUAAGGGCCCAUUGGAAGUUUUUGAAGACAGUUGUGAAUAAGCUGUUUGAAUUCAUGCACGAGACACAUCCUGGUGUUCAGGACAUGGCCUGUGAUACAUUCCUGAAAAUAGUGCAGAAGUGCAAGCGUAAAUUUGUUAUUGUCCAGGUUGGAGAGCAUGAACCAUUUGUAUCUGAACUUCUGUCUGGCCUUGCAACAACUGUUCAAGAUCUUGAGCCUCAUCAAAUUCACUCAUUUUAUGAAUCUGUAAGUUUUCCAGACGUGUGUCCAGUUUGGCAGCAGAGCUAUUUCUUUUUUGGGAUUUCAUGGGUUCUCUGUCUCCAGGUUGGUAAUAUGAUCCAAGCAGAAUCAGAUCCUCAGAAGAGAGAUGAAUAUCUACAGAGGUUGAUGGCACUCCCAAACCAGAAAUGGGCAGAAAUCAUAGGACAAGCACGCCAGAGUGUAGAAUUCCUCAAGGAUCCAGAUGUGAUACGCACAGUGCUUAAUAUCCUGCAGACAAACACUAGUGCUGCUACUUCACUAGGAACGUACUUCUUAUCCCAAAUUUCCUUGAUAUUCUUGGAUAUGUUGAAUGUGUACAGAAUGUACAGUGAGCUUGUGUCAACCAGCAUUACUAGUGGGGGACCAUAUGCCUCCAAGACAUCUUUUGUAAAACUCUUAAGAUCUGUCAAGAGGGAAACCCUUAAGCUGAUUGAAACCUUUUUAGACAAAGCUGAAGACCAAUCACACAUAGGGAAACAGUUUGUGCCUCCAAUGAUGGAAUCUGUACUCUGUGACUACGCGAGGAAUGUGCCUGAUGCUAGGGAAUCAGAAGUUCUUUCACUUUUUGCAACGAUUAUAAACAAGUACAAGGGGACAAUGUUGGAUGACGUGCCAAACAUAUUUGAAGCUGUUUUCCAGUGUACGUUGGAGAUGAUAACUAAGAACUUCGAAGAUUAUCCAGAACACCGCCUCAAGUUUUUCUCAUUACUCCGUGCUAUUGCUACAUUUUGCUUCCCUGCCUUGAUAAAGUUGUCAAGUCAGCAACUGAAGCUAGUGAUGGAUUCAAUCAUCUGGGCAUUUAGACAUACCGAGAGAAAUAUCGCUGAAACUGGGCUUAAUCUAUUGCUUGAGAUGCUGAAGAACUUCCAGCAAUCUGCGUUUUGUAAUCAAUUCUUCCGUUCUUACUUUAUACAAAUCGAGCAAGAAAUAUUUGCUGUUUUGACUGAUACCUUUCAUAAGCCUGGUUUCAAGCUGCAUGUGUUGGUGCUGCAGCAUCUGUUUUGCCUGGUUGAGAGCGGUUCUUUGACGGAACCUUUGUGGGAUGCUGCAACGGUACCGUACCCGUAUCCGAACAACGCUGCGUUUGUUCGUGAAUACACAAUUAAGCUAUUGAGUUCUUCUUUCCCCAACAUGACUGCAGCAGAGGUCACACAGUUUGUGAAUGGACUUUACGAGUCAAGAAAUGACCCUUCUGAAUUUAAGAAAAACAUUCGUGACUUCCUUGUACAAUCCAAGGAAUUCUCCGCUCAGGAUAACAAAGACCUCUACGCCGAGGAAGCUGCUGCGCAGAGAGAGCAAGAGCGUCAAAGGAUGCUUUCGAUUCCUGGUCUUGUUGCUCCUAAUGAGAUUCAAGACGCGAUGGUAGACUCCUAAACAAAACAAGAAGAAGAAAGCUUUUUGGACACAGUGAAGAAAGAGUUGAGGAGAUGACAUUAGUUUCCCCUGACUGUAUGUAUCUCUGCUUCCUAAUUCGACUUUGAGAAUUGGAAUAGCCAAGAAAACAGAGAUCUUUUGGGGGUAACUUUAGUGUCUUGUUUGGUUAAUUAAUUUGGUUAAUGUUGAUUUGAAACUUAGGGCGCUUCUCUAGUUACAUGGUUUGACCUUUUUUGAGUGUUUUUGUUAAAUCGAUUCGUGUUUUAGGUGCA